GCCGGAGAUUCGGGGAAAGGCUUUGAACUGAGAAAGGCGCCGCUCCCGAGGAGGGCGCUGCCCGGAAGCCACGCUCACUUCUGCUUGCACUUAGGCAACCUCGGGAGCUCGGACUCCUACGCAGUCACCGGGAAGGGCCGCCCCCCGCCCGCGGCUGCUGGCCCGGGUGACACUUCCGCAUGCUAUAAGAGCAGCGGCCCUUGGUGCCUCCUUCCUGACCUCGCACCCAGCUCGGAGCCCGGAGCGUGCCUCGGCGGCCUAUCGGUUUUCACCAUGGAGCAGCUGAGCUCAGCAAACACCCGCUUCGCCUUGGACCUGUUCCUGGCGUUGAGUGAGAACAAUCCGGCUGGAAACAUCUUCAUCUCUCCCUUCAGCAUUUCAUCUGCUAUGGCCAUGGUUUUUCUGGGUACCAGAGGUAACACGGCAGCACAGCUGUCCAAGACUUUUCAUUUCAACACGGUUGAAGAGGUUCAUUCAAGAUUCCAGAGUCUGAAUGCUGAUAUCAACAAACGUGGAGCUUCUUAUAUUCUGAAACUUGCUAAUAGAUUAUAUGGAGAGAAAACUUACAAUUUCAUUCCUGAGUUCUUGGCUUCGACUCAGAAAACAUAUGGUGCUGACCUGGCCAGUGUGGAUUUUCAGCAUGCCUCUGAAGAUGCAAGGAAGACCAUAAACCAGUGGGUCAAAGGACAGACAGAAGGAAAAAUUCCGGAACUGUUGGCUUCGGGCAUGGUUGAUAACAUGACCAAACUUGUGCUAGUAAAUGCCAUCUAUUUCAAGGGAAACUGGAAGGAUAAAUUCAUGAAAGAAGCCACGACGGAUGCACCAUUCAGAUUGAAUAAGAAAGACAGAAAAACUGUGAAAAUGAUGUAUCAGAAGAAAAAAUUUGCAUAUGGCUACAUCGAGGACCUUAAGUGCCGUGUGCUGGAACUGCCUUACCAAGGCGAGGAGCUCAGCAUGGUCAUCCUGCUGCCGGAUGACAUUGAGGACGAGUCCACGGGCCUGAAGAAGAUUGAGGAACAGUUGACUUUGGAAAAGUUGCAUGAGUGGACUAAACCUGAGAAUCUCGAUUUCAUUGAAGUUAAUGUCAGCUUGCCCAGGUUCAAACUGGAAGAGAGUUACACUCUCAACUCCGACCUCGCCCGCCUAGGUGUGCAGGAUCUCUUUAACAGUAGCAAGGCUGAUCUGUCUGGCAUGUCAGGAGCCAGAGAUAUUUUUAUAUCAAAAAUUGUCCACAAGUCAUUUGUGGAAGUGAAUGAAGAGGGAACAGAGGCGGCAGCUGCCACAGCAGGCAUCGCCACUUUCUGCAUGUUGAUGCCCGAGGAAAAUUUCACUGCCGACCAUCCAUUCCUUUUCUUUAUUCGGCACAAUUCCUCAGGUAGCAUCCUAUUCUUGGGCAGAUUUUCUUCCCCUUAGAAGAAAGAGACUGUAGCAAUACAAAAAUCAAGCUUAGUGCUUUAUUACCUGAGUUUUUAAUAGAGCCAAUAUGUCUUAUAUCUUUACCAAUAAAACCACUGUCCAGAAACAAGUCUUUCAUUUUCUUUGUAAGUUUGGCUCUGUUGGCUGUUUACACCCACGAAUUUUGGCAUGGUUAUCUAUUUUUCUUUUUUACAUUGAAAAAAUCCAGUGGUUGCUUUUGAAUGCAUCAAGUAAAGAAGAAGAAAAGAAUACAUCAGAUGCGUAGAUUCUUGACCAUGUAGUAAUCUAUAAAAUUGCUAUAUCCUCCUGAUAGCCAUGGGAAAACAUGAUAAGAUGGUCAUUUAUUUUGCAGUUAGAAUUUUGGAAGCCACAAAAUAGACAGACACCCUGGCUGUUGAAGGGAAGUUUAAAAACAGAUGUUCAAUUGAAAUGUAAGAGAGCACCCCAAUUGAGAGCCCAGGUUAUGCAGACAAGCUUGCCUCGCCUGACUUUUCUGUCCCUUGUUCUGCAGGAUUAGUAUUCUGUUACAGACCUCUAGUUUUUAGACUCUUCAAUUAAAGGGCCAAUGGUUAUAACCUGCAUUCCCUUUUUUGUUCUUCUUUAUGUAUAAUAUAUAGUUCAUGUGGCGCUGCAUGAAAUCAAGAAGUGGGUGUCUUAGGAUAAUAGAUACCGAGAGUCUACAAAAAUAACCAUGUAGUAAGAUAAACUGCUGAACAAAGGUUUUACUGUUAGCCACCUUCUCAUGUGUUUUCUUUUCUUUUUUUCUUUUUCUUUCUUUCUUUCUUUCUUUUUUUUUUUUUUUGAGACAGAGUCUUGCUCUUUUACCCAGGCUGGAGUGCAGUGGCACGAUCUCAGCUCACUGCAACCUCUGCCUCCUGGGUUCAAGUGAUUCUCUUGCUUCAGCCUCCUGAGUAGCUGGGAUUAUAGGCAUGCACCACUAGGCCUGGCUAAUUUUUGUAUUUUUAGUAGAGAUGGGGUUUUUCCAUGUUGGCCAGGCUGGUCCCGAACUCCUGACCUCAGGUGAUCCGCACACCUCAGCCUCCCAAAGUGCUGGGAUUACAGGCAUGAGCUACCAUGCCUGGCCUUCUCAUGUGUUUUCUGAUUAAGGCUCUUGACUUCCUUCAUCCAUACAUGUUGUUAUGCCAAUAAGAUGGCAUUGUGCAACGCUGUGUGGGGAGAUGGGGUGGGGGCUCUUGGACUAAUAUAAAACUUUGUCAAAUGUAGUUCUUUGAAUGGAGCUUGAAACGCUGCAUAUUCUUGCUCCCACAAGGAUAGUGGGCAUCAUGAAUUAAUAAAACUUCCUAGGAUUCUGCAAGCCA